AUGUAUCGCCCAAGAAUUCUGGGCCAAGGGCUCCGGGGCUUUACUCAUGGUCGAACAUGUCGUCGAACCUAUAUCACUGAUGCCGAUGUUCAAUCCGCACGAAGAUACUGUCUUACACAACUCCACGACUAUGAUGCUCAUCUCAUCCGCCGCUUCGUCCCCUCUCCGGUGCAAGAUACUUACGCCGUUCUUCGCACCCUCAACCUUGAGCUUGUCCGUCUCCCUGAGCUCGUUUCCAACCCUACCAUUGGAGCCUUCCGCAUGAAGUUUUGGCAGGAAUCCAUCGACAACACUUUCGCGGGUCGUCCCCCUCGCGAACCCAUCUGCAUUCUUCUACACAAAUGCUUGCAAGAUCUUGAGGCCCGGGAUGGUAGCUCAGCCAAGAAGUCGAUAAAAUUCUGGAUUUCAAGAUUAAUAAAGACGAGAGAAAAGCACAUGUCGAAUCGGCCUUUUGCGACCUUGUCGAGUUUGGAGGAAUACGCCGAGAACACAUAUUCGACUCUUAUGUAUGCAACAUUAGCCUCUCUACCUCUCAAGUCAAUGCAUGUCGAUCAUCUCGCGAGCCAUAUCGGAAAGGCCUGCGGCAUCACUGCAAUUCUACGCGGAAUCCCAUUAUUGGCAGCACCGCCUCCUCCUGUCAACACACCUUCUGGCCAGGCUCCUCCUGUGCGGGAGCCUGCAAUCCUGCUCCCGCUAGAUGCCAUGGCUGAGGCUGAAGUCAAAGAGGAGGAAGUUUUCAGACAGGGCCCUAAUGCACCUGGUCUACAAGAUGCUGUCUUCCAGGUUGCGACUCGAGCAAACGACCAUCUAAUCACAGCCCGGGAAAUGCUUAAAAGACUCAAGGCAGGGGAGGACCCUGGUCAUGAGUUUGAGCAUCAGGGUGAAGGCGAACACUUCUAUGGUGAAGGGAGCGAUACACUGAACGAAAUCCGCCAAGGCUUUGGUGUGCUGCUGGAAGCUAUCCCGUCUGCUCAGUACCUACAACGCCUGGAGCAAGCCGACUUCAACCCAUUUGCUGUCAAGACGGCCGGUUGGAAAGUGCCCUGGAGCAUCUGGCAGGCAUUGUCAAAGGAGCGGAUCUAA